AUGAAUAACAAAAAAAAAUAUGAUGCGAUUUGGAACUAUUUUCAUGAUAAUAGUGAAAAAACAAAAUAUAUUUGUAAUGUAUGUGAAACUUCAUACAAAACAACAACGAGUAUUUCUUCUAUGAAAAGACAUUUUAAAAAUCAUCAUAUGGAAGAAUACAAAGAAAUGGAGAUGAAAAACAAGACAAAAAAAAUUAAACGAAAAACAAAGAAUCGAAGUCGAAAAAUCUCAAAUAAAAAAGAAGAAAAGAAAAAUUCUAUUGUAAUUAAUUACAAUAUUAAUAACGAACAAUUGAAAGAAGAAAAAUAUUCACAAGUAAUAUUAAAGAAUGUUAUAAUUGAUAAUAUUAAUUUUUUAAAGCAACGAGUACAAUUUAAAUCUAUUGAUUUUACUACAUAA